AUGGAGCUGCAGAGCCGAGCUGUGUCUCUCCUGCUUCAGCCGAAGACCCAGGCAUGUGUCCUGCUCUCAUCGUUCCAGAUCAACCUCCCAGAUUCCCCUGGAGUGAAGAUCCAGUGCACAUGGAUCAGAGAGCAGCGUGACACCAGUGGUCCCUGCAUUCAGGAGGAUGUGGGACAGUCCAAACAUGACACGCCCCCUUCUGCUGCCUCCCACCUCCCUCCUGCGUCCCAUGUCUGGGCUCAGGGCCAUGCCACCCCCAGCGACGGAAACCUCUCAGGGGUCUCCUGGCAGCCAUUUGCGCUGGCAGGAUUUGAGGGUGGCCCUGAGACCCAGGCCCUGCUCUUUGUGGUGUUCCUGGCCCUGUACAUGGUCACCAUCCUGGGGAACCUCACCAUGAUCGUGGUCAUCACCCUGGAUGCCCACCUCCACUCCCCCAUGUACUUCUUCCUCAAGAGCCUGUCCUUCCUGGACCUGUGCUACUCGUCCGUCAUCGCCCCCAAUGCCCUUGCCAACUUCUUCUCCAUCAAGCUCAUCACCUUUCUGGACUGCACCAUCCAGUUCUUCUUUUCCCUUCUGGCAACUUCAGAGACUUUCCUGCUGGCCAUCAUGGCCUGUGACCGCUUCAUGACCGUCUGCAGCCCCCUGCUCUACCCCAUCACCAUGCGCUCCUCAACCUGUACCCUCUUGGUUGUGAGCACCUGCUGUGGAGGCUGCCUCAACAUCAUCAUGCAGACCAGCUUCACAUUCCAUCUCCCGUUCUGCAGCUCCCACCGGAUCAACCACUUCUUCUGUGAUGUGCCCCCCCUGCUCCAGCUCGCCUGCACCGACACAUCCCUCAAUGAGCGGGUCUUGUUUGGACUCUGUGGGUUCAUCAUUGUGGGCACCACACUUGUGGUCCUGGUGUCCUACGGCUACAUCACUGUGACCGUCCUGAGGAUGCGCUCCACGGCCGGGCGAUGGAAGGUCUUCUCCACCUGUGGUUCCCACCUGACUGUGGUAUCUCUCUUUUAUGGAACUCUUUAUGUCAUGUACACCCAGCCAGGGGCUGUGGAGUCCAUGGAGCAGGGCAAGGUGGUGUCUGUCUUCUACACCCUGGUCAUCCCGAUGCUGAAUCCCCUCAUCUAUAGUCUGCGGAACAAGGAUGUGAAGGAGGCCCUGCGGAGGCUGGGACAGAAGCACGCAGCCACUUGA